AUGGCCACCGCAUCCAUUUCCAGCGUCCUACUUCUUAUACUAUCAGCCUUCUCUUUAGCUGCUCUAGGCACUUCUUCUCCGAGUCCGGCCAACGGCAACGGCAGCGACACGGACCUUGCCACGCUGUUGGCUUUCAAAGGCCAGCUUUCCGAUCCUCUCGGCAUCCUUGCCAGCAACUGGACCACCGGCACGUCUUUCUGCCACUGGGUCGGCGUCUCGUGCAGCUCAAGGAGGCGGCGCGUCACAGCUCUGCGCCUCACCUACAUACCCCUCCAUGGAUCGCUCGCUCCUCAGCUUGGUAACCUCUCUUUCCUCUCGGUUCUCAACCUCACCAGCACAAACCUCACCGGUUCAAUCCCUGAUUCUAUAGGGAGAUUGCAUCGCCUAAAAUAUCUAAACUUCAGGUUCAAUGGCCUCUCGGGUAGCAUCCCACCCACUAUAGGAAACCUCACCAGGCUUCAGGUUCUUACCCUAGGCUUUAACAGUAUCUCUGGUCCGAUCCCGGUCGAACUACAGAACCUACACCAUCUCAACUCCCUAUAUCUGCAGCAUAAUUCCCUCGCCAGCACCAUACCGGUCAAUCUGUUCAACAGCACAGCAAUGUUGACUGUUCUAGACAUUGGCAACAACAGCUUGUCCGGAGCAAUACCGCCUUGCAUCGCGUCCUUAGAAAUGCUAGAGUUACUGGACCUGCAAGUAAAUCAUCUCGCCGGUCCGGUGCCCCCAGCCAUCUUCAAUAUGUCCAAACUGCAUUCUUUAUGGCUCGGUGACAACUACAAUUUAACUGGCUCUUUCACAACCAACUCAAGUUUUAAUCUACCAUCGCUAGAAAAAAUCAUCCUUCAAAACAACGGUUUCACAGGUCAGAUCCCACUGGGGCUCAUGUCUUGCCAGUACCUUCAAAUUAUUUCCUUUUCAAGCAAUUCAUUUGAGGGUCUUGUGCCAACAUGGCUGGGAAAGUUGACCAAUCUUCGUUACCUUUUAUUGGGUGGGAAUAACCUUUUUGGGCCAAUCCCAGUUACUCUCAGCAACCUCACUUCACUGUAUGCCCUAGACUUGUCAUUCUGCAAGUUGGCAGGAUCCAUUCCGGCUCAACUUGGACAACUUGGCCAGCUAUCCGAAUUGCACCUUGCCACUAGUCAUCUAUCAGGUGCAAUUCCACCUACCCUCGGCAAUUUAUCUCAACUAACUUACCUCGAUUUGCAAAUAAAUCCACUGUCUGGAUCCAUACCAGCAACACUUGGCAACAUUGCAACUUUGAACAUGCUUAUUCUAACGGAUAACAAUUUAGAGGGGAAUCUGGGCUUCCUAUCAGAUCUUUCCCGUUGUAGGGAUCUCCAACUCCUUUUCAUAGAGGGAAAUUCAUUCACCGGGUCCAUCCCUAACCACGUGGGAAACCUCUCUACACAGUUGAUCACUUUUCGUGCGGGUCGCAACAAGUUAACCGGUGGACUUCCAGCUACUUUCUCAAACUUAUCCAACCUUGAAUGGUUAGAUAUUUCAAACAACCUACUCACCGAGGCAAUCCCAGAGUCCAUCACUACAAUGAAAAAUUUGGUGCUUCUUAACCUCUCUCGAAACAGUAUCUUGGGCCCAAUACCAACACAAAUUGGCAUGCUCGUGGGUCUACAGAAGUUGUUUCUCCAAGGAAACAAAUUCAUUGGCUCUAUACCAGCCAGCAUCGGCAAUCUUAGCAUGUUGGAAUACAUUGACUUGUCCAAUAACCAAAUAAGUUCAAAGAUACCGACAAGCUUAUUCCAGCUUGAUAAACUUAUCCAGCUAUUUCUUUUCCAAAAUUUCCUUGCUGGCGCAUUACCGACCAAUGUUGAUGGUCUAAUACAAAUCGAUCAAAUGGACAUUUCUUCCAACUUCUUGAUAGGAACCAUCCCACAAUCAUUUUCUCUACUUAGGAUGCUAACCUACCUAAAUAUGUCACACAACUCGUUCGAUGGCUCAAUCCCAGACCAGCUUCAAAGGUUAACCAGCUUAGCAACAUUAGACCUCUCCUCCAACAAUCUUUCCGGCAAAAUUCCCAAGUUCCUUGCCAAUUUUACCUACUUGACUACACUAAACCUCUCAUUCAAUAGGCUAGAAGGACAAAUACCAGAGGGAGGUGUUUUCUCAACCCUCACAUUGCAAUCUUUGAUUGGGAAUGCUGGACUAUGUGGUGUUCCACGCUUGGGAUUUUUGUCAUGCCUUGCCCAAUCCCACUCAAGCAGUAGGCAUUUGCUGGAAUUUCUGCUCCCUGCUGCCAUUGUAGCUUUUUGCGGUAUUGCUACCUUCGCAUACCUAUUGAUAGGAAGAAAGCUUAAACAGGGAGAUGUUGUUAAUGCCUCGGCCGAUCCGACUGAUUCUGUAAUAAGCCAUCAGUUAGUCUCCUACCAUGAGUUAGUUCGUAUUACUGAUAACUUCAGUGAUGAUAAGAUGUUGGGGUCUGGAAGCUUUGGAAAAGUUUUCAAGGGACAAUUGAGCAACGGUUUGAUGGUUGCAAUAAAAGUCCUAGACAUGCAGCUGGAGCAGGCUAUCAGAAGCUUCAAUACUGAGUGUGGUGUAUUGCGCAUGGCACGACACCGCAACCUCAUAAGGAUACUCAACACCUGUUCCAACUUGGACUUCAGAGCACUUGUGUUGCCGUACAUGCCUAAUGGUAGUUUGGAGAUGCUCCUACACUACCCUCAAGGCUCAACAUACUUGGGGUUCCUUGAGAGGCUAGGCAUCAUGCUUGAAGUGGCACUGGCAAUGCAGUACCUGCACCAUGAACACCAUGAGGUGGUCUUGCACUGUGACUUGAAGCCUAGCAACGUGUUGUUCGAUGAGCACAUGACGGCGCAUGUGGCAGACUUUGGCAUCGCAAGGUUGCUACUCCGGGAUGACACCUCUAUGAUCUCUGCCAGCAUGCCUGGGACAAUUGGCUACAUGGCACCAGAGUACGGGUCCCUUGGAAAAGCAUCACGGAAGGCUGAUGUGUUCAGCUACGGGGUCAUGCUCCUUGAAGUCUUCACUAGAAAGAGACCAACCGAUGCCUUUUUCAAUGGAGAUCUAAGCCUUAGGCAAUGGGUUUUUGAAGCGUUUCCUGCGGAACUCGUCCAUGUUAUAGAUGUCCAUCUACUCCAAGGCGCUUCUGGCUGCAGCUUUCAAGGGUUUCUAGCGCCAGUAUUCGAGCUGGGUUUGCGCUGCACCAGCUUCGCACCUGACGACAGGAUGACGAUGAGCGAUGUGGUUGUGAUGCUGGAGAAAAUAAAAAAGGAAUAUGCUAAAUCAGCACUUGAACAGAGUCAUGCAUCCGAAUGA